AACAGCCCGGCCAGAUAGAGCACCGCGGCUCCGUGAACCGGUAGCCUACAUCUCGUCGGUGUUUUUGUUUUGAUGGGUUAAUCUAACAGAAAAACUAACUGAAUAUUAACUGAAACAACCCGAACCUGGAAACUUGACAUGGAAUAACACAUUCUCACCGGAGUGGCCCUUUUCCAUCUUGUGGUUCUUCGCCGGUUGUUUGGCACAUUUCAUCCCGUCUGAUGUCCACCUGUUCCGGCCGGUUUGUGACCUGCAGACAGCCUCACCACGGAGCGUCAGAUAGACCAAACUCCUACUGAGAUGGCCCGUGCAGAGACCAUCGAGAAUGUCGGGGAAACUGGAGGAAGCGGAGGAAACGGCCCUCUUCCUGGCCACAACACCUGCCGCAUGGAGCUGCCUCGCCCCUUCUACAACUGGCCCGGCCUGCUCCCCACCACCAGCACCUCCGCCGGCUCUGGGACUGGUUCCAGACACCUCUACCACAACCACCACCAUUUGCACCCGUUGCAGGCUCUGUACCUGUCUUACCCGCUGGCCCUUCCCCGCCCAGAGGGCAGGAGCGAGCCCCAGACUCACCAGCACUUACCUGCGUUAUUGCCAUCGCCAGCGCCUCCACGCUCGCCGCUCUGCAACCGGAGGGAAGGGAGGAGCGGAGGCGCCGGUGCACCCAGUGCCUUCUCAGGAGACCAGUCAGAAUCGUACAGAGAGGAACGCCAGGAGGCCUCCAGCCGGCAGGGACCUCUGCCAGACCUGCUGCCCCAGAAUGAGCACCCAUCCCGGGCUUCCCCACAUCCCAGAGCCCCCAGAGAAGAGGCAGUGCAGGACCUGGAGGUCAGGAGAGUGGCCAACCAGCUGAGGGCCAUCGGAGAUGAAUUUAACGCCACAGUCCUCCUCAGAGCGCACGCCGCCCCCCACUGGCAGGACUGGAGGGACGCUUGCCGAGGUCUCCUCAACUUCAUCACCCAGACUCUCAGCACUCUCUACAGGCUCACUUAGAGAGACAGAGAGACCCCUCACCUGCGCGCACCGGCUACCAUGCCGACUUCAUCCAUUCAGGACUCGGCCACGGACCAUCGGACUGCGGGUAGUGAACGGAACAACCCCGGCUGGUUGCUGCACCGUCAUCUGUUUGAACCCGGAGGAUUUACUCGGCCUGAAACUUGGAACAAAGAAUUUAGUGAGGACAAGAUCGGUAGCCGGAGGUGACGGCGCCGCCUGUGGGCUAGAUUGGGAAGCUACCUGCGGAUACUGGACCCUGCCUGUCUGUCUGCCUGAAAGUCGGUCCGGCAGUCAGUCAGUCUGCUGGUACAGACUGCAGCUGACGGACCGAUGGUCACUUUCCUACCUGUAUAUUUUGUAAAAAACCACUUGCUUUUGCUGUCUUUGUCUCGGGGCUAAUCUCUCAUUCAGUGUGUGUGUAUGUAUGUGUGUAUGUAUGUGUGUGCAGACGUGGGUCAAACAAACAGGUCGUGUAUACUUAGAUAUCAGUGCAAAAAAAGCUUUCGUUCAUUUUGGAAAAAUCGCCUAGAGAUACAUACAAAAUUGGGCUUUUAAGCCCACAGAUGAGAUUGGAAGUGACCUAUUUUGGAAGUGAAGACCUUCAUUAUCGUGUGGAGCUUUUUCAUUUAGCUUUAAUAUCAGCCACCAUUUUUCUGGAGGCAAUUUUUUGAAAAAGAUGAUAUCUCUUUAAUUCUUCCCUUUGAUGAUGCAAAAUCCCCCCCCCCCCAAAAAAACAGACUUGAUUUUGAUUUGACCCCCAUCUGACGUGUGCGUAUUACUGUUAUUUUAAUUCUUAUAAACUGUGAAACUGGAGUCUGUGUGUUUGCAUCGUAGGGGACAAAAAAAAAGUCAUCAUACAACGUGCCUUUCUGGUCAGUGCUCUGUCCUAAUCUCCAAAAGUAGGACAAUCAGCCACACACACACACACACACACACACACACACACUCUUCAAGUGCUUUUUUGCAAGGCAAAUGCUCCAGCAUCAGCAUUGUUUAAAGUCAUUUAAGGACAGAAAUAGCUUCAUCUCCGCCUCACAUUUUGCCAAUGUGCGUUCCUCCGUUGGUACUGCCAGUGUUGGGAGCUGGCAGCUCCCCCCCCCCACCCCCUGCCCCCCCGCCUGCGUCAACAGUGUUUAUAGUUACUUGACUACUUGUAAAUAAUCUUUUUGGAAAAUGAGUCUUAAUUAAUUCAAAAUUCUUAUGAUGGCGAGCGCGUUCCCCGUGUUUGGGAGAUCUUCUUUGUGUUUCUGAGCGGCCGUUGGCGGCAGUAGAGCGGAUUGGGAUUUAAAUCCAGUGGAUUUGAGAUGGUAUUCGAUGAGUUAAAGAAAAAUAUAUAAUUUGGAUUUUUCUGAUUGUUGAAAAGUAUUUGAUGUUUUGUAAAAAAAAAAAAAAAAAAAAAAGGACCCUUUCGAUUAUUGUUAUUGUAGUAGAAUAAGUCUAAUUGCUCAUAUUAAGAGCAAUAUUUAUUUUUGGAAUGCCUGAAUCUGUAGUCUUCAUUUUUUUACAUUAAUGUAUUAUUUAUUUUUGUCUUACAUUCCUGAUCAAAACUAUGAACUAAGAUGUACUUGAUUUGUUAAAACUGAGAUUUGAU